CUCAUUUCAUUUCAGAUCACAGUCACAACCCAAUCCAUCCAUUUCAACCCUAAAAAAACACACACACAUACACACACUCCGCCAUGUCUUCACGGCGGCUACUCGCCACACUCCUCCGCACCUCCAACGCCGCCAGAUCUACAUCUCGAUUCACUCAAUCCACCAGAUCCACAUCCCGAGCAACCUCCACCUCACGAUCAACCUCUUCCGCUACCGGAUACUUUCCAAACCGAUCAGCAGCAGCAGCAACUUACUCAACGUCCGCCGCACCGACUCCGCCAACGGUUGCUCCACCGGUAUCGAAAUCUCAUGACGGAAAGAUCACCGAUGAGUUUACUGGCGCUGGAUCCAUUGGUCAAGUGUGUCAGGUUAUUGGUGCUGUUGUGGAUGUUAGGUUUAGUGAAGGAUUACCUCCGAUUUUGACGGCGCUUGAGGUUUUGGAUAAUAGUAUUAGGCUGGUUUUGGAAGUGGCUCAGCAUUUGGGAGAGAAUAUGGUUAGGACUAUUGCUAUGGAUGGUACUGAAGGCCUUGUUAGAGGUCAAAAAGUUCUCAACACUGGUUCUCCUAUCACUGUUCCUGUUGGAAGAGCAACUCUUGGUCGUAUUAUUAACGUUAUCGGAGAACCAAUUGAUCAUAGAGGCGAUAUCAAAACCGAUCACUAUUUGCCUAUUCAUAGAGAAGCACCUGCUUUUGUUGAGCAAGCAACUGAACAACAAAUCCUUGUUACUGGUAUCAAGGUUGUCGAUCUUCUUGCCCCAUACCAAAGAGGAGGAAAGAUUGGCCUUUUUGGUGGUGCCGGUGUUGGAAAAACUGUGCUUAUCAUGGAGCUUAUUAACAACGUUGCUAAGGCCCAUGGUGGUUUCUCUGUCUUUGCUGGUGUUGGAGAACGUACCCGUGAGGGUAACGAUUUGUAUAGGGAAAUGAUGGAAAGUGGUGUCAUCAAGCUAGGUGACAAGCAGAGUGAGAGCAAGUGUGCUCUUGUGUAUGGUCAAAUGAAUGAACCCCCAGGUGCCCGUGCUCGUGUUGGGCUUACUGGAUUGACUGUGGCUGAACACUUCAGAGAUGCCGAAGGACAAGAUGUGCUACUUUUCAUUGACAAUAUUUUCCGUUUUACCCAGGCUAACUCUGAGGUGUCUGCUUUGCUUGGUCGUAUUCCAUCUGCUGUCGGGUAUCAACCAACUUUGGCAACAGAUCUUGGAGGCCUUCAAGAGCGUAUUACCACAACUAAGAAGGGUUCCAUUACAUCUGUCCAAGCUAUUUAUGUCCCUGCUGAUGAUUUGACAGAUCCAGCCCCUGCCACUACAUUUGCUCACUUGGAUGCCACAACUGUGUUAUCCCGACAGAUUUCCGAGCUUGGUAUUUACCCUGCUGUCGAUCCUCUUGAUUCUACAUCUCGUAUGCUUUCACCCCAUAUCUUGGGAGAAGAUCAUUAUAACACUGCUCGUGGUGUACAAAAGGUUCUCCAGAAUUACAAGAAUCUUCAAGAUAUUAUCGCCAUUCUUGGAAUGGAUGAGCUUAGUGAAGAUGACAAGUUGACUGUUGCCCGUGCUCGCAAAAUUCAAAGGUUUUUGAGUCAGCCCUUCCAUGUUGCCGAAGUUUUCACUGGUGCCCCUGGUAAAUAUGUAGAGUUGAAAGAAAGCAUUGGUAGUUUCCAGGGAGUGUUGGAUGGAAAGUACGAUGACCUGUCAGAACAAUCAUUUUACAUGGUUGGUGGAAUUGAUGAGGUUAUUGCCAAGGCCGAGAAGAUCGCCAAGGAAUCUGCUGCUUAAACAACACUGCUUUCUCUUUUCUGCCUUUUUAUCGUUAUAGUUUGGGAAAUUUAAUAAUUUGUUGAUUUUGGUGGUGGGUGCAUCCGGAGAGCUACAUUUCCAGAAAACUGAUAUGUACCAGGUUUUUGUGGACGACUUUUUUGUUAAGUUUUGUUAUGUGAUAGAGAAUCGGAGACAAGGUUGAACCUCCCUGCUAAAAAUCCCCCAUUUCUGUUUUAUUGUCAGAAGAUAAUAAAGGGGACUGAUGUUGGAAUUGUA